ACAACUGAAGUCUGAAACCCUAAUUAAAGACAAAGAAAGAAAGAAAGAAGAUGAAGAUGAAGUCAUUGAUGUCCUCCUUGUUUGUUCUGUCAUUCAUAUCAAUGGUUCUUCUUCUUCUUCUUCUUCAAAGCUCCACUGUGAUGUCAGUUGACUGCAACGUUAAUGAGUUGAGCUCUUGCGCCGAUCCAAUAUCAACAGGAGUUGCAACGCCAGAUAUGGAGUGCUGCUCUAAACUCAAAGAACAGGAGCAAUGCUUGUGCCAAUACAAAAACAACCCUCUUUUCGAGAGUUUUGUCAACUCUCCCAAUGCUAAAAAGGUGGCUGACGCUUGUAAUGUGACUUUCACUUCUUGCUAAUUAAUUUAUCAAAUUAAUUGGCCCUUUCAUAUGUUUUACAUAUGAAGAAUAAGGAAGGAAAGGUUUGGAGAGUCUUAUGCUCUUCUUAAUCAUCAUCUUGUUGUUGUUGUUGGUAUGAAUAAAUGGUUCAUAGUUCAUGCAUGAUGAACUUAAUUUUAAUUAA